AUGUGGUCCAGCACUGCUCUGCCCAGAACCUUUGAUGGUUGGUUUAGGAGCGGGAGGGGAAAGAGAGAGAGAGAGACCCUGACUGGCAAGACCAUCAACCUUGAGGUUGAGCCCAGUGACACCAUUGAGAAUAUCAAAGCUAAAAUCCAAGACAAGGAAGUGUCCACCCUGCACUUGGUGCUUCGUCUGAGGGGUGGUAUCAUCAAACCCGCCCUCCACCAGCUUGCCCAGAAGUACAACUGUGAUAAGAUGAUCUGUCACAAGGGUUACUCCCACCUGCAUCCACGUACUGUCAACUUCCACAAGAAGAAGUGUGACCAUACCAACAACCUGUGCCCUAAGAAGGAGGUCAAAUAA